AUGGCCGGCGCCGCCGCCCCUGCCGUCUCGCGUUCGACGACAUCCCUGGACAGUGGCCACUCGGAUCACAUUCUCCGGGCAGACAACACGGCAGAGAUGAACGACGUGGAGAAACUCUCGCCCGCCAGGCCUGGAGGAGGACCGCUGGGCCCCAGCCAGGACGACCUGUUCCAGCCCAGGAGCGUCCGGUUUUGGCUGACGCUCCUGUGUAACUUCCUCGCCCUGUUCCUCGUGGCACUCGACCGGACCAUCAUUGCAACCGCCGUGCCUCGAAUUACGGACGAGUUCCAGAGCCUAGGUGACAUUGGUUGGUAUGGGUCCGCCUACAUGCUCACCACGGCAUGUGCCCAGCUUGUCUAUGGCCGCAUCUACAAGUUCUACGACAUGAAGUGGACUUUCCUCAUCAGCAUUGUCGUCUUCGAGAUUGGCUCCGCUAUCUGCGGCGCGGCUCCCUCUUCCAUAAUCUUCAUCGUCGGCCGCGCCAUUGCUGGCUUGGCGUCGGCGGGCAUCUUCUCGGGAUGCAUGCUUAUCAUGAUCCCCAUGAUCCCGCUCCAUCGUCGACCAGCUUUCCAGGGUCUUUUCGGCAUGGUCUUUGGCAUGGCUUCGGUCAUGGGCCCCUUAAUUGGCGGAGGCUUCACCAGCGGUGCAUCAUGGCGCUGGUGCUUUUAUAUCAACCUCCCCAUCGGCGCCGUGUCGCUGGCGUUCAUGAUACUCUUGUGGAAUCCGCCGAAGGAGAAAUAUGUGCCCGCCACAUUUACACAACACGUCAAGCGUCUGGACCCGAUAGGCAUGUUCUUUCUCCUCCCGGGCGUUGUCUGUCUCCUGCUCGCUCUACAGUGGGGAGGCUCGACCUACGCCUGGAAUGAUUGGCGCACCAUUUUGCUUCUCGCCCUUUUUGCUGCCUCGACCACCGCCUUUAUUGCUGUCGAGAUCUUGAAACCUGAUACGGCCAUGGUUCCUGCGCGUGUGAUUACGCAGAGGAGUGUUGCUUUUGGCACAUCCUUCACUUUCUUCCUUGCUGGAUCCAUGCUUAUGAUGGUCUACUACGUGCCGAUAUGGUUUCAAACCGUCAAGCAAGCCGAUCCUAUUAGGUCGGGGAUCUACACCUUGCCCCUCGUACUGAGCCUCGUCGUAUCGAGCGUUAUCGCGGGUAUCGCCACGCAGAAGAUUGGCUACUAUGUGCCCUCUAUGCUCCUCGCCCCUUCGAUCAUGUCGGUUGGAGAGGGGCUCAUGACCACGUUCAACCGUGACACGCCCGCGUCCCACUGGAUCGCCUUUCAGUUUCUAGCGGGAUUUGGGCUUGGGUUUGGCAUGCAGACGUCGGGUUUAGCCAUUCAGACCGUGCUCCCUAAAGAGGACAUGAGCGCUGGGAUUGCCAUCAACUUCUUCGUCCAGCAAAUGGGCGGUGCUGUCUUCACGUCGGUCGGCCAGUCGAUUCUCAGCAACCUGCUCGUCUCGCGACUGUCGGGCAUCCCCGGAUUUGAUCCCAAAGCCAUCGUCAACGAGGGCGCAACCAAUCUGUCGCUAGUUGCCCCGCCCGAGUUCUUUGACCUAGUCAUUGAUGCGUACAACUACGCGUGCACGCGCAUCUUUACGGCUUCCAUGGGUCUGGCAUUUGCCUCGUUACUCUGCGCGUUUGGCAUGGAGUGGCGGAGCAUCAAGAAGGGCAAGAAUGGCCAGAGCCCACAAGGGGGUCCCCCUGGAGGCGGCCCUCCCGGGGUUACCGACGGUAUUCAAAUGAGUGGCAACGUGAGCGGUGCCAGUGAAGAGCAGUUGAAGGAGGGGAAGAAGAGCGAAGAGAAGAAGAGCCGGCGAAGCAGUAUGCACGAAAGUGCGAGACGCAGCAGCACGAACGACAGUGCGAGGCGGAGCAGCACACAGGAAGGGCGGAGGCCUGCUGUUUUGACAAAGCCUCGGCCUGUCAGUGAGCGGAGCUCGGUGCGCUACAGCAUGUCGGCCGCUGAGGAUAAGAAGAGGAUCUCUGUGCCGCCCGAGGCCGGGUCCCGAAGCUCAAGCUCCAGCCUUCAGAAGGAGAAGGAGAACAACGAGAUACCUCUCGAAAGAGCGGAUUGGGUAGGUAACGCCCUGUAG